AAUGGCAUUUGCACGUUCAUUUGGAACUAUAUGGACUUAUUCAUUAUGAUGAUUAGCAAGGGUUUGGCCUAUCGUUUUGAGCAAAUCUCGACACGCAUCCGCAAACUGGAAUCGGAGCAAAUGAUACCAGAAUCCACAUUUAUCGAGAUACGUGAACAUUAUGUGAAAAUGUGUGAAAUUUUGGAGCGAGUGGACAAUGUAAUGUCCAGUCUAAUAUUGUUGUCCUGUGUGAACAAUUUAUACUUUGUGUGCUAUCAGCUAUUGAAUGUCUUUAACAAAUUGCGUUGGCCCAUCAAUUAUGUGUACUUUUGGUAUUCCCUGCUCUAUCUGAUUGGACGUUGUGCAUUCGUUUUCCUGACCGCUGCGGCCAUCAAUGAUGAGUCCAAGAGUGCUUUGGGCAUAUUGCGACGAGUGUCCACAAGAAGUUGGUGUGUCGAAGUGGAACGUUUGAUUUUCCAAAUGACCACACAAACGGUGGCCUUGUCGGGCAAGAAAUUCUAUUUUCUAACACGUCGUUUACUAUUUGGAAUGGCUGGAACUAUUGUCACCUACGAGUUGGUCUUAUUGCAAUUCGAUGAACCCAAUCGACGCAAAGGAUUGCUUCCCCUCAAUAUGGAGCGUACACAAUGCAAAAUCAAUGUCACCUACUUUGAAAGCGUUUACAAAUGGGAACGUCCUCAUUUGUAUAUGAUUUUACCCUAUCACUUCUGGCUGUUGCCCCUGUUCGAAUGGAUCAACUUGACCAUAGCAUAUCCACGUUCCUUUACCGAUUGCUUUAUAAUGUGCAUUGGCAUCGGCUUGGCAGCCCGAUUCCAUCAGCUGCAUCGUCGGAUUGCUGCAGUUCAUCGCAAGGUGAUGCCAGGCAUAUUCUGGACUGAAGUUCGUGAGCAUUAUUUGGCCUUGAAGCGUUUGGUUCGUCUAUUAGACGGAGCUAUUGCCCCCUUGGUUCUAUUGGCCUUUGGCAAUAAUAUGUCAUUCAUAUGUUUUCAGCUCUUCAAUAGCUUCAAAAAUAUUGGAGUGGAUUUUAUUGUUAUGUUGGCUUUUUGGUAUUCUCUGGUCUUUGCCAUAUUACGCACUAUGCUGACCAUUUUUGUGGCCUCAUCCAUCAAUGAUUUUGAGCGUAAAAUUGUCAUUGCUCUUAGAGAUGUCCCGGCUAAGGCUUGGUCCAUUGAGGUGCAACGUUUCAGUGAGCAAUUGGGUAAUGAUAUGACCGCUUUAUCUGGCAAUGGCUUCUUCUUACUAACACGACAACUAGUCCUGACCAUGGGUACUACCAUUAUAACCUAUGAGCUUAUGAUAUCCGAUGUUAUUAAUCAAGUUUUAACACUGGCCCAGUUUUUUGGCGUUCUGCCAGUGUGCGGAGUGUGGCCCAAUUCGCCGGUGGAGAACGUGCACUUCCAAUGGAUUUCACCAUCGUUUUUUAUAGCCGUUGGUAUAUUCCUUUUUUCCAUUUUGGAUUUUGUACUAUCAUCUAAAGUGGUCUUGGACCAUGGCUUGAAAAUUUACACCAUUGGCUCCCUCAGCUUUAGUGUGAUUUGUAUAUUCUGUUUCGGUGUCUUCUUGUUGCUCUCACGUCACUGGCCACGAGUUGCACGACAGACGGCGAACUGUGAGUUGAUUUUUCUGCAACCGGGCUACGAUUGUAGGAUGGCUCGGCAAUUCAGUAGCCGGCUUCGAUGGUGGGGUGUGGGUCUAUUGGUUGCCUCCCUCUUGGAACACUCGACCUAUGUGAGCAGUGCGGUCUAUAGCAAUUAUCUGCAAAUCCGUGAAUGCAAUCUGGUUGUAGACUUUUGGGCAAACUAUUUUCAACGUGAGCGUCAGCAAUUGUUUGUGAUAUUUCCAUUUUCACAUUGGCUAAUACCCUUUAUCGAGUGGACCACAUUGUCCAUGACAUUCGCGUGGAAUUUCGUGGAUAUAUUUCUGAUCCUGGUGUGUCGCGGCAUGCAAAUGCGUUUCCAGCAAUUGCAUUGGCGUAUCCGUCAGAAUGCCUGGCAACGUCGCUCCAAUGAGUUUUGGCAGCAAAUUCGUAGCGAUCUAUUGGACCUGUGUGAGCUACUGAAGCUCUACGACAUGGAAUUAAGUGGACUAAUUGUCCUAUCUUGUGCCCACAACAUGUACUUUGUGUGUGUUCAAGUCUAUCAUAGUUUUCAAUCUAAGGGAACCAUAAUGGAUGAGUUAUACUUCUGGACUUGUUUAUCAUAUGUAAUUAUGCGUAUAUUAAACAUGAUGUUUGCCGCCUCCGCCAUACCGCAGGAGGCAAAGGAGAUAUCCUAUACACUAUACGAGGUGCCCACUGAGUUUUGGUGUCUGGAAUUGAAACGUCUGAAUGAGAUUAUCCAAACGGAGACAUUUGCCCUUAGCGGCAAGGGCUAUUUCUUUCUUACACGACGCCUAAUAUUUGCUAUGGCAGCCACCUUGAUGGUCUAUGAGCUGGUACUUAUUAAUCAAAUGGCUGGUUCUUCCGUGGAAAAGGGUUUCUGCGAGGGCGGAGUUGGUUCCUCGAAAAAGCGAAAUACACUGCAACAUGCAUUGGGUCCCUUUUUAGUGAUUGCACAAUUUUUCGGGGUCUUUCCCAUCUCUGGUGUCGGACCCGGAUGUAUGGCUGAAAAUAUACGAUUCCAUUGGUUAUCGCCUGUGAUAGUUUUGACUGGAUGUGCCUAUUUCUUUGCUGGCCUAGACUUUGUGCUUUCGGCCAGACUGCUGAUACAGAAUGGUCUUAAGAUCUACACCAUGGGUUCGCUUAACUUUAGUGUGAUUUGCAUCUUCUGUUUCGGUGUAUUCCUUUCCCUUUCACGCCACUGGCCACAAUUGGCCGAGCGAACUGCUCGAUGUGAAUUGAUAUUCCAUGAGAAACGCUACAGUUGCCCAUUGGGCAAUCAAUUUGGUCAUCGUCUGCGUAUCUGGGGCUUUGCUCUAACAUUGGCUGCUCUCUGCGAGCACUUGACCUAUGUGGGCAGUGCCGUCUAUAGCAAUUAUAUGCAGAUACAUGAAUGCAAAUUGAAUGUGGAUUUCUGGCAAAACUAUUUUCAACGCGAGCGCCAUGAAUUGUUCUCAAUUAUGGAUUACAAUGUUUGGAUUAUACCCUUCCUCGAAUGGACAACGCUCUCGAUGACCUUUGUGUGGAGUUUCGUCGAUAUAUUCUUGAUUCUAAUUUGUCGCAGCAUGGAGAUGCGUUUCAAGCAAUUCCAUUGGCACUUGAGACAAUACAAUUGGCAACGCCAGCCAAUCCAUGACUUUUGGCAAGAGACUCUCUCCGAUCUGUUGGAAUUGAGCGAUUUAUUUAAACUAUAUGAUAAGCAUUUGUCUGGCCUGAUUCUAUGCUCGUGUGCCCAUAACAUGUAUUUCAUUUGUGUGCAAAUCUAUCACAGUUUUCAAGCCAAAGGCGGUUACAUGGAUGAAUUAUACUUUUGGUUCUGUUUGGGCUAUGUCAUUGCCCGCAUUUCGAAUAUGAUGUUUGCUGCCUCUUCGAUACCUCAAGAGGCCAAAGAGAUAUCCUACACCCUAUAUGAAGUACCCACGAAGUUGUGGUGUGUGGAGUUGGAACGCCUAAAUGAAAUAUUUCGCUUUGAAGCAUUUGCGUUAAGUGGCAAGGGCUAUUUCUUUAUGACACGACGUUUAAUAUUUGCGAUGGCUGCCACUUUAAUGGUCUAUGAAUUGGUGUUAGUUAACCAAUUGGCUGGCUCUGAGGUGCAGAAAAGUAUCUGCAGUCGUGGGGCGGGCUCAUCCAUGAGCAUUUUUUGUGAACUUCAACAUGGCCAGAACGAUAGGUCAGGAGACAACAACAACAACAACAAUAACAACGACGGCAUCCAGGACCAAGCACCGACGAGUGCAUUUUUGGUCGAAAUCCCGCAUAGACAGCGAUGUAUCCUUGGAAACUUUGAGAAAAUUAAAGCCUUUUUGCGCCAUGGUCGGCAUGAGGAUUACACUUAUAAUGGCUCCUUUCAAGAGGCCAUUAAGCCAGUGCUAAUAAUUGCCCAAAUUUUCGCCCUCAUGCCUGUGCGAGGUAUUAGCUCGCGAUUCGCUGACGAUCUCAAUUUCACAUGGUGGAGUCUGCGCACUUUCUAUGCCAUGGUGGUCAUCGUGGCCUUUGGCAUAACCUCUGGCUAUUUGGUGGUCUUUGUGACGAAUGUGCAAUUCAAUUUUGAUUCGGUGGAAACGUUGAUAUUCUAUGGUUCCAUUUUUCUCAUAUCAUUGGCAUUCUUUCAGCUGGCCCGUAAAUGGCCAGCAGUGGUCCAGGAAUGGCAGAUCGUCGAGGACAAAUUGCCACCAUUACGUUUGGGAAAACAGCGUCGCCAAUUGGCCCAUAAAAUCAAGAUGAUCACUUUGGUGGCCACCAUGUGCUCGUUGGUGGAGCAUUUGCUAUCGAUGCUAUCGACCAUAUAUUUUGUAAACGGAUGUCCCAUAUUUCCCAAUAGACCAAUCGAUAGUUAUUUAUACUUGAAUUUUUCGUCAAUUUUCCAUUUCAUAGAAUAUACAGAUUUCAUGGGCAUAUUGGGCAAAGUGAUUAAUAUUCUAUCAACAUUCGCUUGGAACUUUAACGAUAUCUUUGUGAUGGCCGUGAGUGUGGCCUUGGCAGCAAGAUUUCGUCAAUUGAAUGACCACAUGGAAAGGGCCGCCAAACUGCCUACAACUGUGGAACAUUGGAUUCAGUGUAGAAUCAAUUUUCGCAAUCUUUGCAAACUCUGCGAAGUUGUGGACGAUGCCAUAUCGAGCAUAACCCUUUUAUGCUUCAGUAAUAAUUUAUAUUUCAUUUGUGGCAAGAUUCUAAAAAGUAUGCAAAAGAAACCAUCUGCCUCUCAGACAGUGUACUUUUGGUUUUCGCUCAUCUAUCUGCUGGGGCGCACCUUUAUACUUUCCCUUUAUAGUGCCAGCAUUAAUGAUGAGUCCAAGCGUCCUCUACAGAUCUUUCGUCUGGUGCCUCGUGAAUAUUGGUGCACUGAGCUAAAACGCUUCUCCGAGGAGGUUCACAUGGACACGGUUGCCCUGACCGGCUUGAAGUUCUUUCGCUUGACACGUGGCGUUGUCAUUUCCGUAGCUGGGACAAUAGUUACCUACGAGUUGAUUCUAUUACAAUUCAACAAGGAUGACAAAGUAAUGGAUUGUUAUGAAGAAUAA